CUGUCUCGACGCGUCGAGCCCCGAACACGAAAAAACUCCUCUUCUCCUCAUCCCUCCUCUCGCGGCGGCCGGCAGCAGCGAAGAAGCGUUUGUUGCGCCUGCAGAUCUCUCCGAUCGACCGCCCGCAGCGCGAAGACGAGUCCCUCGUGAAUGGUGGGAGCCCGCGCGACGACCUCCUCCUCCCUCUCCUCGCCGCCGGAGAGGGCCGCCUCCGCCUCCUUCCGCGCCUUCGGCUCUUGCAUGCAGGGUUGGUACCACCGCUGCAUCGGCCUUGACCCCUGAGCUCCAUCGGCCGCUCUUCCCACGAGGACUCUCAACCUUCCUGAACCCCCUCCUGAUUUCUGUUGAUCCUGAGUUUUCCUUUGCCAAGAGUAAGAGAGAAAAGAGACCGGAAGCGAGUUUUGAUUGAUUGAUUGGUUGGUUGCGUUUGAUUUUGAUUGGAUUGGUCGUCAUGGCUGUCGCGGUGCCGUCCACGCUGCCGAUGAAGCUGAGGAAAGUCGAGCCCCGCGGCAAGGCGGCGGCGGCGGGGGUGGCUGGUCGGGCUCGCGUGCUCGUGACGGUCACCGUGCUCGGCAGCGCUGGGCCGCUGCGGUUCCUGGUCGACGAGGGCGAGUCGGUCAGCGGGCUCGUCCGCGCCGCGCUCCGCUGCUACGCCCGCGAGGGACGCAUGCCGCUGCUCGGCGCCGACGCUGCCAACUUCCUCCUCUACACCGCCAAUGGCAGAUCCGACGCGCUCAAGGCCGACGAGAGGAUUAGCUUCAACGGGUGCAGGAGCUUCAUGCUCUGGCAGAAGACGCCGCGUGACGCUGUUGUCAACGGGCCAGAGGCCGCGCUGGAGACGGCGGCGAAUUCUAGCCCUGGCAGGAAAGCGAGCGGCGGCUGGAAGCUUGGGCUCAACAAGAUCCUCCUCAACUUCAGCUUUAAGGUGUGAUGAGUUUAUUGGCCAUGGCAUCGGAACGAAUAAGAUGCGCCGAGCUCGCGCAUCCGCCUAUGGAAUUUUGAGUUCGUCACCGUCGAGCUAGAAUCAGCGAAUCAUUGGUGUCAAUCGCUGUUAAUUUCCCUGCAUUUGGGUCGAGUCUUGAGUCUGGUUCGUUCUUUAAUUCGGUUUUUUACUGUUCAAUCAUCCUGCAAUCAUGGAAUGGGAUUAUCAAUGGAAUUAUACUUAUACACCACACUGUUCUGA